AUGUCUUUAUCUGCCGAAGCUAUUUCGAAUAUGAUUGAAAGGGUUAACCUUUCAUUAGCUGUUCAGCUUAGGAAGGAAUUUCAAGACGCAAUUGCGGAAUUGAAAUCUCAGCCAGGUCCGUCAACUCAAGGGAGUGACAUUCACAGUGUUGUUUCUCAGUUAAGGCAGGAAUUUCAUUCUACCAUACAGGAACUGCGAGCGUCAGCACCACCUGUUGAAAAACAGAGUGAUAUUAAUGUGGUUGUUUCGCAAUUAAGGGAAGAAUUUCAGUCUUCUUUGCAGCAACUGAAGACACCAGGUCCUUCUGUACAGAGGUAUGAGGAAAUUGCCAUCACAAGUAGGGUUGUUGGUGGUAAUAUGAGGCUUGACUUACCAAAAUCAAUGCACGAGUUUAGCGGUGUUAUGGAUAAGUAUCCAUCAUGGCGACAGUCAGCCAAAGCUGCAAUAAAGCCGUAUCAACCAUAUGUUGGUUCUGACAUAUAUUAUCAAGCUGUUGCUAUUAUCCGCAACAAAAUUACUGGUUCUGCUGAUAUGGUUUUAUCGUCGUUCAGUACACCACUGAAUUUUGACGCUAUAUUGGCUAGAUUGGACCAUACGUAUUCCGAUAAGAGACCACUGUAUUUACUCGAGCAGGAAUUGUCUACUCUUAGACAAGGUCGUUUUUCUAUUCCACAAUUUUAUGAUAUGGUAGAAAAACAAUUGACUUUAAUAACCAAUAAAGCUAUUAUGCAAUAUGGCGAUGAAAGCGUAGUUUUGAAAUCCUUGAAUGAAAAGUAUAGAGACGACGCAUUGCGUAUUUUUAUUUCUGGUAUUAAAAGACCUAUCGGUGAUACUCUCUUUGCGAGUCAACCAAAGAAUUUACCAUCUGCCUUGGCUCUCGCACAGGAACUAGAGUCUAACAGACAACGCUAUAAUUUCGCCGCUGCUUUUGCUAAUUCGAACUCUGAUAGGGAACAUACGAGUAAUUUGGGUAAAAGUCCACAUUAUAAAGUGGUUAACAAAACUACCCGAGAUGAAGCUCAAUCUCCACCUGAACCAAUGGAUGUAGAUCCAUCAACACAUCAAUUGAACACAUUCCGGGUAGAGAAAUUAAAGGAUAGUUCUGUUGUAGACAUUUUACAAUCAAAAGCAUGUCUUCCAUACGUUCAACACACUUUGUUAAACGGUGAGAAAAUUAAACUUCUUUUGGACACAGGUGCCGAAAGAAACUAUGUGAAAAAUCUUCCAUUUCUAGUUGGUGUAUCUAAAUUAAAAAACGAUGAAUUUGAUGUACAUUCCAUUCAUGGGGAAACACGUAUCACCGCGAAAUGUCAGAUAAGCAUUAUGGGACGUACUUCUGAUUUUUAUGUAUUGUCUGAAAUAAAUGAUAUGGAUGGAAUUAUAGGUUACAGAUUUCUAAAGGAAAUCAAUGCAAUGAUUGAUGUCACUGGUAGUAAACUUUAUUAUAUAGGUGGAAUUCAAGAGGUUUUUCCUUCUAAUAGCACACAAAUAAAUCUCCUACAGGAUUUAGAUUACAAUUCUAUUCCUGAGGAAGGUGUAGACGGGUUUAAGAAAAUCAUUACGGAAAAUCAAAAAGCAUUUGCUGAUCCAAAUGAAGCAUUGCCUUAUAAUACUAACAUUGUGGCUACGAUUAAAACUACCACUGACGAAGCAAUAUAUUCAAGGAGUUACCCAUACCAGAUGACGGCAACUAAAUUUGUAAAUUCUGAGGUUGAAACUAUGCUACAUGAUGGUAUAAUCAGAAAGAGUUCUUCUCCUUAUAAUAACCCAAUUUGGGUAGUUAAUAAAAAGGGUGUAGAUGAAAUGGGAAAUCCUAAACUACGUCUGAUACUUCAGUUAUAUUGUCGAAUUUAG